CGUGGCAGAGAAACUAUUGGCUACCGGUAGGCUUUGUCGCAAGGCAGAUUUGCAAGUGACACAUUUGCCAGGCACCAGGCGCAGCCGCCUCUCGCUUAAUCUAUAUAACCCCACCCCAUCCACCUUAUCCUCCUUUUUUUGCAUCAACAUCAAUCAACAAACUCCACAACAAUCCAAACAGUAACUAAACUCAACUACCACCAUCAUCAUGAGCGCUUUUUGCGGUUGCUGGUAUCUUCCAGCCCCACAAAAACAGAGCGAGUACUACCAAUACAUUCCAAGACAAUACCUACCCCUCCACGAGAGCGAAGUCCACAGCACGAUCCUCUCCACAACGUCCCGUACAGUACUCAAGCAAACCUUCAAGAAUCCAUCCACCACCGAUGUGAUCAAGAAGUGUACAUAUGCAUUCCCUCUCUACGAUGGUGUUUCCGUCGUCAGCUUCACAUGCCGAGUUGGCAACAAGGUCCUACGGGGUCUCGUGAAGGAGAAAGCCAAGGCUCAAGAGAUCUUCGACAAGGCAGUCGCCAAGGGCGAGACUGCUGGUCUUCUUCAGCAAGCACCUGAGGCUGCAGAUAUGUUCAGUACAAAGCUUGGAAAUAUCCCUGCUGGCGAGAGUGUCGUCGUCGAGAUCACAUACAUUGGAGAGCUGAAGCAUCACGAGACCGAGGGUAUUCGCUUCACGAUUCCAACAAAGAUCGCCCCUCGAUAUGGACCUGGUCCAGACUAUGGCAGACCUUCUGGCAUCACCGCUCAGAGUCACGAUGGCAUCAAGAUUGUCGUCGAUGUCAAUAUGCCGGAAGGUUCGUUCAUCAAGGGGGUUCAGUCGCCGUCGCAUCCCAUUGCAGUGUCGAUGGGAACUGUCUCAACAGCCACCUCUGCGGAUCCAACUAUGAAUAAGGCAUCCGCCACCCUGUCUCUUGGCAGUGGCGCUCUUGAGAAGGACUUUGUCUUGAUUGUCCAGUCCAAGGAUGUCGGUAUUCCCAAGGCCAUUCUGGAGACUCACCCCACUAUCCCGAAUCACCGAGCUUUAAUGGCAACCCUGGUCCCCAAAUUCUCUCUCCCACCAGUACGACCCGAAAUCGUCUUCGUCGCCGACCGUAGUGGUAGUAUGGCACAUAACAUCCCCAUGCUUCGCUCGGCGAUGAAUGUAUUUCUCAAGUCAAUGCCGUCCGGAGUCAAAUUCAACAUCUGUUCGUUCGGUAGCCGUCACUCUUUCCUCUGGGAAAAGAGUCAAACCUACACCAAGGACAACCUUCAAUAUGCUACAUAUCAUGUCCAAACUUUCAACGCUGAUAUGGGAGGAACUGAGACUUACGGUGCGAUCGAGGCUACAAUUACUCGUCGUUGGUCUGACCUACCCCUCGAAAUUAUCCUUCUCACCGACGGUGACAUCCAAAGCCAAAACUACUUGUUCGAUUAUGUUAACAAGCAAGUUGAGGAAAGCAAGGGAAAUAUUCGCAUUUUCCCUCUCGGAAUCGGAAGUGGUGUCUCGCACGCUCUGAUUGAGGGUCUUGCUCGCGCAGGUAAUGGCUUCGCCCAAGCUGUCCAGGAUGGAGAGCGACUCGACACCUCAGUUGUUCGGAUGUUGCGUGGCGCUCUCACUCCCCACAUUACCGACUACACACUCGAGGUCAAGUAUGGAAACGAGGAUGAUGAUUUCGAGACAAUCGAGAAAGUCACUGAGGGAUUGAAAGUUCUGCUCUCGGAUAGCGAGAAGGCCAAGUCUCCGACACCAAAGCCUCAAGCAACUAUCUCACUCUUCGAUGCUUCCGUUGAUCCGGAGAAGGAGAGUAUCAAGGAUGCGAAGGAUUUCAAGCAAAACCUCCCAGAACUUCCCACACCCAAGCUUUUGCAAGCGCCCCAUAAGAUCCCAUCACUCUACGCAUUCUCUCGAACUACAGUUUACCUCUUGAUGUCUCCCGAGACCAUACAACGCAAUCCUACAGCCGUAGUCUUGCGAGGCACAUGCGAACAGGGACCUCUUGCACUGGAGAUCCCAAUCGAGGUUCUAGCCACUCCUGGUGAGACAGUCCACCAACUGGCUGCCAAGAAGGCUGUGCAAGAUCUCGAGGAAGGUCGUGGCUGGAUCUAUGAUGCAAAGAAUCAAGACGGUAUUCUUGUCAAGGAUGUCUAUCCCAGUUCAUUCGAUGACCUGGUCGAGAGAGAAGCGGUUCGACUUGGAGAGAAGUUCCAGAUUGCUGGAAAGUGGUGCUCAUUUGUGGCAGUUGCUGCGAAUGAUAAGGAGAUUGCGGACAAAGCCAAGGGAAUUACCAAGGACGAGGAGAUGGUCGAUGAUUUUGAUAUGAUUGAUCAAGAGGACUAUGAUCUUCCUGUAUACACCAUAGAGGCCUCAUCUCACGUCCAGAAUACCCUGAAUAGAAGCGUGAUGCAUAGAAUGAGCCCAACGGUGACAACACGCUCUCGUAUGCAAAUUCCGUCGAUGGGUGCUCGAAAAUCGAUGCCAGGGUCUCCGCCAGGCUCAAGCAUGCCAGCCCCAAAAAGCUAUUCGAGGUGGGGUGGUUCGCGAAGCAGCGCUUCCAUCGACGGUAGCUUCUCCGCCGUGUCGCGAUCCGCUGCUCCGCAAGCUCAAGCAUUGGCUUCGAUGCCGGCUUCCGAACCAAGAUCCAUAACGCAAAGCGCCAAGAAAAUGUUCAGAUCUGCGGCCCCUCCACCUCCCCAAGUCCAACCGAUGCCUGUAGGAAGUGGCUGGGGUAGUGCUGCGCUUCCAGCGGCUCCAGCUCCUAUGCCAACCGGGUUUGGAUCCCCCAGUCCAUCGAACUUCCCUGCCUCGCCAGGAAGUCCCUUUUAUGGUAGAGGAGCUGCCGUACCGUCAGCAUGGUCCGCGCCUACACCACAAUUCACCGUACCGAUUUCCAUUGCUGACAAAGUCCUCGCUUUGAUCGAGAUGCAGGAUUUCGAGGGGUUUUGGGCGGUGGAUAGCGACAAGCAUGCUUUCCAGAUCAUAGGAGUCAAGGAGACUAAGGCACCGGAUGGAGUUGAUGCCAACGUCUGGUUGACGGUCCUUGUUGUUAAGUUCCUGCAGGAGAAGUGUGCGGAGGAAGAAGGAACUUGGGAGAUGGUUGUUGAGAAGGCUAACGCUUGGUUGGAUGGAUGUGGGGUUGGUGGGAUUCAAGGUUUGGAGAAAAAGGCUGGGGAGUUGUUGGGAUAAUUUGGAUGUUUUCUCCUAUUAGGCGAGCAUUCCCAAAGUGCCUGCCUCUCAAUAAUACCAUGAUUGACGCGAAAGACUUUUUCACCAUUGAGUGGAGAGAAGAAAUUAGGCGAUUUUGCUUUCGUUGAAUUUAGCAUUAAUGGCAUUGUGAACGAUGAAUGGAUGGAUUCUCUGAUAGCAGCCUGCCUGAUCUUCCUUAUUCUCUUAGCUAGUGGAUUGAACCCUAGGAUACAGAUAGCGUGAAUAAAAUAGAUUCACUUCUUGAUGAUUCUGACUGUCUCAUCGUCUUGCUUGUGAGAUACUUAUGCAUCCAAAGAAACAACAAUGCCUCGCUUAACCUUUACAGAGUAUCACAACUUGACCAACCCUCAAACUCAGCUGCCUUUUCGACCCUGGUUCGUUAUCAAUUAUCUAGUAAUAUUCUUUUCACUGCAAGUUAAUAAGUAUCAUCCAUGGUUCAGGAUAAGAAGUUUGUUACUCAACUCAGUAAGUCGAUAGUGAUCAGGGAAAUCUUCUUACUGCAAAAUGCGGGGUAAAUUAAUGGGGAAGAGGAAAAUAACCAGCUCGUGGGGGUUCAUCUCGCACAAACAUUCAGGUACAACGGAUCGGCGCGAUGCGUUGGAUUGAGUUGAUGCUACUUCACAUAUACACAGGGAUUGUAGAUGAGAGAUAUUGGUAGGCG